AUGUGUGUGUGUUUGUAUGUCUGUGAGUCGUGGCUUUUGUUAAAACGUGGAAUUUUACGUGACUAAGGUGGUUGGAAGGCCAUUACAUAGUUGCCUUGUAAGGAUAUUCCGGUCAAUUACUCGACAACAAAAACAACAACAAUAAUGCGUACUUCUUCAGCUGUCCAUCAAAACCGGGCAGCCACAUCGUCAUCAUCAUCAUCAUCUUCGUCCAGCAUACAAUUGACUCCUUUGUGGGAACAUAUUUUAAGGACAAGAAAGCUGCCAGACUCAACAUGUCCCCGCCUCAUGUUUGCCGAGUUUUUGGAACGUCUCAAAGAUCCCGAAUGGCAGGUACGACAACAUGCCCUACGCGUCUUCGUUGAUGUUUUGGUGGUCAUGAAAGCCAAGGCAGAUCCUUUUAUGCAACCGCUGAUAGGACAAUUGGUGGAGAACCUGGGACAUCAGGCCCCUACCGUGAGGAAGGGUGCCCUCGACUGUCUGCGUGUGUAUCUCUCCGAAACUGCCAUACCCGAGGUGGUCAUACUGCAAAUCCUGGAUAUAGGGCUCAAUCAAAAGAUCACCAAUGAACCAUUUGGUGGACGCCUAACAUGUGGUGUUAUGCUAUCCCUACCAGCUUUGGUUCAGUCGACUCUGCACACCCCGAAAAGGCAUUUCAUUAUUCGCACCACCAUUGACAUGUUGAUACAGAAAAUGGGUCAGGUGACACAUCAGGAAAUCACCCUGAAGGUUUUGAGGAAAAUGCGUGAACUACUGGGAGAAGCGGAAUUUGUUAGCUACAUGUCCCAUGGAGCCUUUCGGGAAUUUGAUUUGCUUUGCAAUGUCUAUGGCCUAAAUGAACAGGAGGAGUCAUUAUCCUCAGCAGGUUCCCAGUCGAAGUUCCUGGCCUCAACGCAAGACAACAUCAACACCUGGCGCCUUAUGGCCAAUUCCAAACCCUCUAGGCUGGCCAAUUGUUGGCAUCCCCAAAACCAUGAAAAUGAUGAAGUCCAGGUUGUGGUCGAGGAGGCAGUGGGCAGCGCUGAACCUCUACUAGCCUGUCCAGCCAAGGUUAUUAUGGAAACCGAAAUAAAAAUUAAUGACGAUACCCUGACAAUGCGUAUUUUGGAAGCCAAAGAUGAUGACGUCUGUUUGGUUGAACCAGCAGCGGAAGUUUGCCAUAAAUCUCGCAGUGAAACUUUUCCGAAUAGUCUGGAAGAUGAGGUGGUGUGUGGUCGUUUGGCCAGUGCAAAAAGUCUGCAUGAUGCCUCUUCAGCGUCAUUGGUUAAAUUGUUGAGUGAUUCCGAUGAUACAGAGGAUGGUCAGGGAAGGAAUUCUUAUUAUACUCUUGUUACACCAUCCACUCCAUCGCGCACACCCAAAAGGGUAACAUUUGGGGGUGAAGUGGUGAAAAUGCGCACGCCGGAUAGUGAUGCCAAUUCUGCAACCAAUCAGCAACACCCAGCAUCCUCCAUGGCAAUUGGUGGUGGCACAACCCGAGUUACAGACAAUCAACUUCAACCACCAUUUAUUUUACACUCCCCACCCUCCUCCGAUGUGGACUCAAGUAAAACCACCAUUUUAACAUUGGACAUACCAAAUGACAAUACCAAACCCCUCAGCCAACAGCAGCAACAAGGGUAUUCGAAAUCCACUCCCACAACACCAGAGAAAAUACGACCAUCAUCAGCCAAAACCUCCUCACCAGCCUCCUCAUCCUACAGUCCAUCACCAAAGUCACCACAAAAAUCCCCCGGUAAAUCUCCCACAUCUCCCAAAUCGUCUUUCAAAAGGCUGAGUAUAAGUCCAGUGGACAGCAUCAUUAGUCCUCGUACCGCCCACAAAGCCAUUGAGGUUAUGCACAAUCUACAAAGGGAUCCUUCGCCAAAUCGCGCCCUCACAGCACGACGUGCCAGUUUAAAGGCUGAGGAGGCAAAUACCCCAUCGCCAAUUGGGGAAGAUGAGGAUAAACAUGAAUGGAUAACGAGACAUAAAUUGCCGACACAAAAUCAAACACCCGCCGGGAUAGUGACGCAGCCACCACCACCGCGUUCAUGGGAGGAGCUGGGAAUUGUGGAUGAAACAACUAUACUGCAGCUAAGAUCAGGGAACUGGCGCCAUCGCCUACAGGGUGUCAUACAAUUGGAACAAUCUCUACGAUCCUCCGACAAUUUAGCACGUGUCCAACCCUGUUUGGACUCCUUGCUGCGUACCCUACUCUCUUCCGAGUGUAAGGCCGAUGUGGCCGAAGAAAAACGAAAACUAUUAAUUAAUUUGAUAACACGCCUGCCCCUGGACAAUUUGGAAGACCGAACAAUGCAAAUUAUGAGUGGCCUGUGUCGGCAGGGUGGUGCCGGUGCCAAUCGGGUGUGUAAGGCCCUAAUGCAACGCCUGCCACCGUCGGCUAUUAUUUUGAAAUUGAUAUCACAGGACUUUCUGCAUGCCAAAAGCUCAAGGUUUCGUGAACAUGCCCUGCAAAUGGUCAUAUACGCACUCAUGACCUUUCCCAGUACCUGUUUCGAUACGGCAACAUGUGUCACUAAUGCGACAUACGCCGCAUUAAAUCGCAAGCGACGUGUACGCCAAGCAGCUCUCGAUGUGCUGGCAGUGCUGGGUCAGAUUUCCUCCGCCCGUGAGGUGCUCGAUGUGGUGCAACAAAUUGCCAGUUCACGUGAUGAUGGUGCAGCAUUAGUGGCAGCCGUUAAGGCCCGUUUGUCACGCAAACAAUUGCCGUUGGUGGGCAGUGAUGGUUCGGUGCAGUAUUCAUUGCAUGUGCCGCCCACACAGCUGGCGGCGGCUAAUAUCAGUGAUAGUGUGGCAAAUGAGAGCAGUUCGGCGCUGGAGGACUUUCGUACCACAAAAGCCAGUGAUAAUGUAAACGCCAACGCCGCAACGGAGGGCAAUGGCCAACAGGGUCCAGAUAUAGAUUGGAUAACGGCGGGUAUUGGUUCAGUGUCACCUUCUUCCCUAAAGAGAAGGGCCCACCGUACUCGUGUCAGUACCCAGCAAAGUUUUCGCUGCCUCAAAACUGGAUCCAAUAGUGAUGAUCCCCUCUAUCGACAAUCGUUUCGCAAACCCUCGGAAAUCUCCAUACAUUCCAAGAUUUUUGAAAAUGACGACAAUACCGGUUAUAAUUUCCAUCAUGUUUUCGCCUCAAAUCCAUACAAUUAUGGUUUAUCCUCAAAGAAAUCGAAUGUCGACUAUCCUGUCUACACCACACGACGCAUUAUACCCAACUCCUGCUCGGAUUCUUCUGUCGAUGGAAGAAGUUCCGAUAGCAACUAUACGAGUAGUGGUGGUAGUGUUGUGAGUAACGAUGUGCCGGGUAAGGGAGGUGGUGGUGGCGGAGGCAUAGGUGGUGGCGGUGGCGUUGGUGCAACUGUUGCCGGUGGCAGCGAUGGUAUAAGUGGUCGAUUUACCAGACAAACCAUAAAUUCAAGAUUCCCCGCUAUGGACAUGAAUGGUACAUAUCGUGUACAUAAGCCGCCCACAUAUUACCCCGGAAUGGGAGCAUAUGCUCAUUUGCAGCAGCAACAAUACAACAUGAAUGCCACCUAUCCCAAAGUGAAUUAUAAUUUAAAUGGCCAUCACUAUCAGACGGCGACGAGAAGAAAAUCGCAGCACAACAAUUUCCCAAUGCAUCCUCAUCAACAACAACAGCAGCAACAACAAUCCCCGCCCUAUUAUUAUAUCAACAAUAAUAUUAAUCGAGCACAACAUUUUAAUCAUCACAAUAACCAGCAAAAGAACAACAACUUUAACAACAACGGUAGCAGCAGCAACAACAACAACACUAACAAUUGUGGAAAUCAAGAGACUUUCAAAAAGCUUGAAAAUCUUCAAACCAAGGAUUCCAACAAUUGCAAUGACAAUCUCGAUGGCACCUAUACCAUAUGCAUGGGUUCCAAACUUAGUGCCACCCUACACCAACAACAUCAACAAAUGACUGCAGCAGCAACAGCAGCGGCGGCUAAUGGUCGUCGUUUCGUCAAUGUCGACAAAAUUCUAACCGCCAGUACCAAAUCUUCCCAAUCACCCACGGACGACAAUGAAAACGAAAACAACAACAGCACCCCACAGAAGAUGGAAGAGGAACAACAAAGUAAUAAUCAAAAUGAUAUCGAACGCCUAUCGCAGAAAACUCCAAGUGGUUCAGUUAAGUCCGGUUCGUAUUCAUUGAAAUCGACUGCAUCAGCUCAAUCAAGUACCGGAAGUCGAAGUUUGAAAAAUGAUACUCCCGAAAGAACUGCAGCCACAACUGAAGCAGAUGUUCAAAGUCUUAAGGAAGGGCGAGAAGAAGAAGACAUCGAUGGAAAAGUCACACCAAUUCUAACUACACCCCUAACAACAGUUGAGGCCACGGUGAGUGGUACACCGGACGAUAAGGAUGUUAACAGUGAAUCAGUGGGCAAAUGGCGGACUGGUGAAGAAGUUUUGCAGCUAGAGGAUGUGGUAGAUACACAUGGUCCCCAGACUGCAGUUGAGGAGGAAGAAAACGAAGAUAAAAAUGAAAACCUUCAACGCAAUGGUAGUUUGGUCAGUUUACACAGUAAAACGGAGAGUAUUAAAACUUUGAUAGGUGAUACUCCACCGCUCUUGUCUAGAGCCCAAUCGGCCAAGUCAUUGGCCAUUGAAGAAGAUAUCGAAGAUAAUACCAGUUUUGUGGUGGUUGAAGAUACAGCAGAUGAAGAUGAAGUUGAUAAAAAUCCAGAUCCAGUGAUUGAAGAGACCACUGAUGACUCGGAAGUUAUGAGCAAUAACACAGCCAUUGUAUCUGGUAGCAAACCUAAUAGCGGUGGUAUCUCACGGCCUCAAACCAGUCGUUCUAGGUCCCCAACAAUAGAAGAAAUCAAGGCAUUGUCGAGAAGAAAUUCCAUGAUAAAAUCUAUGGAGUCACUGUACGAACGACCUGCCUCAAAACAUGAAUUCAAUGACAACACCACCGAAACAAGUUCCCAAUCAAGUGCUCAACUGAAUAGCAGUUUGGGUUCUACAAUCAUACCAGUUACAGGGGCUAUUAUUAAACCACAACAUACCCCGCUGAAGCAGAAAUCCAAGACAACACAUUUCCUAAAGAGUCAUCGCCGUAUUUCACCGGUUAAACAAUCGAUAAAGGUGGUACAGGCCGAAUUGUAUCCACCCACAUUGCAGAGAUUCGAAAAGCCACGAGAGGCCAUAAUGAAGACCUUCGAUCAAUUAGAUUCCAGCAAUUGGGAAGUAAUAAUGGUUGGCCUAAAAAACAUGGUACGCCUAAUGCGUUAUCAUCCGGACAAUCUGGAUAAUCAAAUGCACAUGGUAUGCAUACAGCUGUCGCGCACAGUGCGCAAUCUUCGCUCACAAGUGGCCAGGGCAGCUUGUCAAGCUGCCACCGAGCUAUUUACAAUUAAAUCACGAAUACUGGAACAGGAAUGCGAUGACUUGGUGUGUGCUCUACUACAUCGUACUGCAGAUACUAAUCGCUUUAUUCGAGCCGAUGCUACCCGGGCCCUGGAGGCAAUGUGUGAUAAUUUAUCACCCGGAAAAAUUCUUAACAUACUAACAUCAAGAGGUGCCCAGCAUCAGAAUGCUUUGGUUCGUACGACCACAGCAAAACUACUAAAUCGUCUGGCUGAACGUUUGGGUUUGGACAAAAUCUAUACAAUGCCCCGAGAUCAUCGUGAGAAAUUUUUCAUCACUUGCGCCAAUCUUUUGCUCGAGGGUAGUUUGGAAACACGCAGCUAUGCCAAAACAUUAUUUAGAAUGCUCUCCGAACAUGGCCACUAUCAGCGCAUGUUACUCGAGAUAAUACCACCCAGAACAUAUCGAAAUAUUGAGAAGACCCUUAAGAGUAUACGUUAGAGGGGAUCUUCUUCACAUAAAACAUUUGUAUAUACAUAAUAUUUAGUAAUUUAUAAUUAAAUAUAAAUCAUGAAGAAAUUAUUAUCAAAUAUAGCGUUCAUAGAACUGUUGAAAACAUUUCAACGAUGUCAUGCUCAUUUCUAUAAUCUAAUCAUUAAUGGUUUUUAGUUGAAAACAAAAUGUAAAAAAAUAUCAAUAGUUCUAACGGAAAAAAUAAAGAAACUUAUGUAUGUAGCUUGAAUUGUUCUAUUUCGAAUA